CUUAUUAGUGCAUUCCACUUUUGUGGAAACAAAAGCUUCUGGGGUGGAAUGUUGCCAGGGGGCUGGUUCCAGCUGAGCAACCAGCAUGAGUCAGUGCCAGGAAGGGAAACACCCUGUUUUUAUUGCAGGGGGGGUCAGUUCCACUGAGCUAAGGAAAGUGAAACUAACUCAGUUCCACUGCCCAGAGGGAGCCAUGGCUGCAGAGAGCCCCUUGGAAAGUCUCCAGAAUGAAGCUGCUUGUCCCAUCUGUUGGGAGCUUUUUAAAAAUCCAGUGGUUAUAGACUGUGGGCACAGUUUCUGCCAAGUCUGCAUCACCCAGUGCUGGCAAGGAUCCGAUGCGAAUUUCACCUGCCCCCAGUGCAGAGAAACAGCUCAGCAGAGAAACCUCAGACUGAACAGGCAGCUGGCAAAUGUCCUAGCAAUAGCCAAAGGUCUGAGUUUCCAGGCAGCAAAGAGAGCAGGAGGGAAGGGGGUGUGUGGGGAUCACCAGGAGCCUCUCAACCUGUUCUGUGAGGAGGAUCGAAGUCCCAUCUGCAUGGUGUGUGACAGAUCCCGGGCGCACCGAGCUCACACAGUGAUUCCCAUCGAGGAGGCUGCCCAGGAGUACAAGGGAAAGAUUCAGGCCCAUUUGGAGACUCUGCAGGAAGAGAGAGAAAAGCUGCUGGGAUUUAAAGUGACUGGAGUGAGGAAAACCCGGGAAUAUCUGAUCCAGACACAGGCCGAGAGGCAGAAGAUUGUGUCUGAAUUUCAGCAACUGCGGCAGUUCCUGGAGGAACAAGAGCGACUCCUGCUGGCCCGGCUGGAGAAGCUGGACAGGAAGGUUGUAAAGAUACAGAAUGACAAUGUCAGUAAACUUUCUGAGGAGAUUUCCCAUCUCAGUGAGCUGAUCAGUGAGCUGGAGGGGAAGGGUCAGAAGCCAGCGAGUGAAUUCCUGCAGGAUUUCAGAAGCACCUUGAGCAGGUAUGAGAAGGGGAAGUUCCAGCAGCCAGUGGAGAUUUCUCCAGAGCUAGAGAAGAGGCUCAGUGAUUUCUCCCAAGAAAAUAUUGUUUUAAUGGAGACUGUGAGGAAAUUCAAAGACACUCUGCUAUCUGAACUGGAGACAGGAGCACACAGACAGGUGACUGUGACUCUGGAUCCAGACACGGCUCAUCCCCAGCUCAUCCUAUCUGAGGAUCGGAAAAGUGUGAGAUGGGGAUACACUCGGCAGGAUCUGCCUGACAAUCCUGAGCGAUUUGACACUGAGCUCUGCGUGCUGGGCUGUGAGGGAUUCACCCGGGGGAGACAUUGCUGGGAGGUGGAGCUGGGCGAUGGGAGGCGCUGGGCUGUGGGGGUGGCCAGAGAGUCUGUGAGGAGGAAAGGCUGGAUCAGUCAUAACCCUGAGGGGGGGAUCUGGGCUGUGCAGAGGUGGGGGCAUCAGUUCCAGGCUCUCACCUUCCCUGAGAUCCCCCUUCCCCUGAGCCAGGUCCCCAGAAGGAUCCGGGUUUCUCUGGAUUGUGAAUGGGGGCAGGUGGCUUUUUUUGAUGCUGAUAACGAGGCCCCGAUCUUCACUUUCCCACCAGCCUCUUUCACCGGGCAGCGAAUCCGUCCCUGGUUCUGGGUCUGGACAGGAUCCCAGCUCAGACAGUAUUGCUGAGACAUGGGGGGAUAUCACCAGGGGCGGCUCUACCAAUUUCGACGCCCCCAGCAGUUGCCGCGGAAUUGCUGCCGCCGCUGAAAGCCACCGCGGCGGGAAGAGCGGCAGAGCUGCUGCCGAACAGCCACCGCGGGACAGGGACGGCUGCCCCAAGCACCUGCUUGGAAAGCUGGGGCCUGGAGCCGGCCCUGGAUAUGACUCUGGAGACCCUGAAAUCAACCUCUCUAGUCUCACGCACCCUUGUCUUUGUGACAUUGGACGUUUCCUGUCUUCCUUCAGACUUUCCGCCAUGCAAUCUCUCUGACCCUGGAGGGCCUGAUAGGUGUCUGACCUGUCAAAGUAUAGAAAGCAGGGGCAGCUUCUCUACCUCCUCCAAUCUCAUUGACCCACGGCUUUUGCCGCCCGUAUGGCACUGUCCUCUAUGGCGCAGGAGGACUCUGGGAAUUCUGGCUCAGACAGUGCUCCUGAGACGCGGUGGGAAUAGUUCAAUGGGCAUGAAAAAAUGGGUGUCUCUAAUCACAGUCAUCCUAGUCUCUCUGAUACUGGAGGACUCUCAUCUACCUAGCCUGGGGCUCAUCUUUAUGACCUUGGAGGACACCUGUCUACCCAACCCCAAUAUCUAAUCUCUGUGACACUCCCCCUCCCGCCCUGCAGCCCCAGGGAUGGCAAGGAGGGGGUGUGAAUAGCUCUGGAGCUGCAGGAGGAGCAUAGGGGCCCUGAAGGGCACAUGGGGGGGCUGCAGGAUGAGAACUGUUGGAGGGUCAGGGACAGAAGUGAUGUGGGGCUUGGGGCUGUAACUACUAGCGGGUCUGGGGGACGGGCAGAUGUGGGGGUGGCAAGGACACCAAAUUAAUUGUCAUUUGGGAGGUUUGGGGAGAAGGUGGAUCCUCUGCACCAGCAGGGAGCCUGGGAGAUAGAGACCCAGUCCCAGGGACUGGGAAGUGUGACCUCCAGGCUACUGGGGAAGGGAUGCUGUGGUGAGGAGGAGGGGCGGGGGGGAUGUCAUUUGGAUGAAGGUGAGCUGGCUGCACGGAGGAGAGAGGCAGGUACAGAGCAGCUUUAAUCAGAAGGGAGAGAAGAAAUCAAAGUGGGGGGGGCGGAAAUAAAGUAAAACAAGUGUAAAUAGAGAAACCUGGGGAAAGGCAUGGGGGGUAGGGAACUAAUGUGAAAAGAGUGAAAGCAAAACAAUCCUGAAACCAGAAAAGCUUGGGGCAGAGGAGAGGAAGGGAAGAGCUCGGGGAGAAAACUGGGAACCUGUGUUGGAAUGAUUUGUGAUAGGAAAUAAAAGAGAUUUAGGGGCAGACAGAGAAAUAAAUGGAUGGAAAACAAGUGCUAGCUAAAAUGAUGUGAAAAACUGGGUGAAAUAAAAUAAAAGGGAGAAGGAAAGAAAACACGAGAGGGAGAUCUAUAAAAUCUUUCUGAAUGUGUGACUGUAACUCAUUAGCAGGGGUGAAAGUAAGCAGAGGGAUUUACUGGUACCCCGGGUCCCCCCUGGGCAAGGUGUGGGGGGGUGGCUCUGGCCACCGGAAGGGGGGGGCCUCGUGUGGAAGGGGGGGGGCGGGGGAUCAGGCUCCCCCAGGCAGCCCUUCACUGCCGCCACUGUGAUUUGAAGGGCCACCCAAGGCUGCUGCCCCUUUUGGUCCCCCCAUCAGGGGCCCUGCCGGACCCUACCGCAGGGUUGCCGACGCGGGGGAGCAAAAGUGGCAGCGCUUUAACGUUGGCCAUGUGCGGGCUGGUACCGGCGGCCAGUUCUCACCAGUACGCCAGACCGGCCUGCACCAGCCCACUUUCACCUCUGCUCAUUAAUUCCUACCCAGAGUUCAUUUGCAAUAUUUCCACUUUAAUGCCUUUCAGGACAAUGCAUCAAAUUUUUGACUGUUUUUACCACAUGGUCUGGUUAUGAAAGUUCCCUCCCAGUCUCUUUAAGCCUGACAUUUACUUAAUGUAAAUAAAGCAUAUAAAAAUGUUUCCUUGUUUA